AUGCCGUCGGAAUCAGGCCUGAGCCAGACCCGAUCCACCAGAAUCCAGGGCUCAUCGGCGGCUUACCCACCGCCGAAUUUAGCCGAGCCACUGCCUUGUCCUCGCUGCAACUCCGUCAUCACCAAGUUCUGUUACUACAACAACUACAACCUCUCUCAGCCUCGUUACUUCUGCAAAACUUGCCGCCGUUACUGGACUCAAGGCGGUACUCUCCGUGACGUUCCCGUCGGCGGCGGAAAUCGCCGGAGCUCUUCAAAACGCCCCCGCUCUUUCUCCUCCUCAGCCGCAACUGCCUCUUCCUCUUCCUGCGCUUCUUCCGUCAUCACCACGAUGCACGAAUCAGAACCGACGAUGAAACAAGGAAACGCAGCGAACGAGAUGAAGGGUAGUAAUGUAAUUUCUGGUUAUGGGAGUUUCGCGUCUCUGUUGGCGGCUGGGCAGAGCGACGGAGGAGCUUUUCUGGCGUUGGGAAAUGGAGGCGGUGGUGGGUUGGAUUUCGGGUUUGGGUACGGGUACGGAUACGGGUACGGGUUGGAGGAGAUGAGUAUUGGGUAUAGUCUUGGAGGUGGUGGUGGUGGUUCCGGAGGAGAGGUUCCGGUGAUUGAUGGUGGUGGUGACACGUGGCGGAGUGGGGAGAUGGAAGGCAAAAGUGGGGACAGUUUGAUAUGGCCUGGUCUUGAGAUCUCAAUGCAAAGCAACGAUGUUUAG